GUCGAAAUUAGGUGACAAAUGAGGAUGACUGAUGCUAUCGUGCUUUCCACGCGCGUUACUCGUUGGCACGUACUACCAAAAUCUCAGAGUGGCCUGCCAUUCCAUGGAUUCAGCUGCCGAAAAGUAUUGGCUUUUGAAGGCUGAACCCGACACGAGGAUCGUCAAGGGAAAAGAUGUGAAGUUCAGCGUGGACGACUUCGAACAAGUAAAGACAUCCCCAUGGGAAGGCGUACGUAACUACGAGGCGAGGAAUAUCAUGAAGGACAUGAAGAUCGGGGAGAAGGCCCUCUUCUAUCAUUCGAAUUGCAAGGAUCCAGGCAUUGCUGCGUUCGCUGAGGUGUCCAAAGAAGCUUACCCCGACCACACUGCAUGGGAUUCAUCGCAUCCUUACUAUGACGCGAAAUCAAAACAAGAGGACCCGAAGUGGUUCAUGGUCGACCUGACCUUCUCAUCUCGAACGAAGAACUUCGUUCCGCUUGCUCUACUUCGUUUCAUCGCGGACCAAGCCUCGACGUCUAACAUUCCGCCCGGGCUCAAGUACAUCGGUGAAAAUGGUGUGGCUGCAAUAAAAGCCAUGGAACUUGUUGCCCGAGGUCGACUCAGCGUCCAACGAGUCACACCAGAAGCGUGGGCAGCGAUCUCUUUACUCGCAGAAAACGGUGGAUGGUCUGAACUAGAUCUUUCUGGUAAAGCGAAAGCCAAGGCCAAGACACCCAAGAAAGCUGCCGCGGCAGCAGCCCGACCGCGGACACCGAAGCCGAAGGCCAAGGCUCCAGUACAGAAGAAAAAGCGAAAAUCGAAAGAUAGUGAUGGUGGAGAUGAAGGAGAUGCAGACGAUUAUGGAGAUUCUGAUGCGUCUGAGGUAGAAGUCAUGUCAAAGACGACUAGUGCACGGCGUAAGCGUCUGGCGGAGGACUAUCAAGAGCUUCCACCGUCACGGCGUGCCAAGACGAAAUAAUGAUUCUGUAAUGUCUACUCUUAUAAAGGAUCUAUCAGUAUCUGCCUGGGCGUUCAGAGGUUCUGGGCCGGUCUGUCGGCAGCUUGCAUUUG